ACGUGUGUAGAAACAUAUCAUUGCCUGAACUGAGGCAAUGAAUGCAGCCUACUAACAAUGUAGAAAGGACGAUUUUGCAUGAACCGAGAACUUCUUCAGAUUUCUAACGAGCACAUUAUGCCGUCUAUAAUAUGGAGACAGUUGUCUACAUUUUCAUCAGGAUCUCGCUGAAAAUGUGUUUUUUUGUCAAGGCAACAAACUAGAUUUCGCCACCCCCUCGUGGUUCCAGUCACUCCUCACAGUCCUGUCUUGGAGGGCUGGUUAGGAGGUCCUUUUUCGUGUUAGAUUCACAACUAGCAAUGAUGCUUCGACAUUUUCUAAAUGUGAGGUAAACUGUUGCUAACGUUACAUAUCAAUGUAAGAAGCGGAGGGCCACUAACGAAUGCAUCAAUCAAACAUUAAUUUAAGCCAGUGAGAUUGGAAUUUGAAGACGGAGCCCUUCCGACCCUUUCCCCUGAACCUGGAUAUCGGAAUGGUGUGUCGUGACCCCAGUGGGUUGGGAAAUGCACCAUGUUUAUACGCGCUAUGAGCCGGACAGUCAUGUCUGGCUUGGAGCACCGAUAAUCUGGACACUUCCGGGGAGCCCACUACCCGCUCCGUGGGCACCACUGCCAACUUGAAGGGGAAGAUGAGCAAGAGGCUGUCUGUUGUGAAAGGCCACUUCCCUAAGCUCGUUGACUGUGCCCACUUCCACUAUGACAAUGUGGAGUUUGGCUCCAUCCAGUUGCAGUUUGCGAACGAGCAGAGCGAUGCCAGCUGGAUCUCGGGCUCUGCCAAAGACCUGGUUUUCCUGGUGCAGGUGUCCUGCCAGGCUAAGACGUGGAUGGUUCGGCGCUCCUAUGAGGAGUUCCGUACUCUGGACGCUCACCUCCACCAGUGUAUCUACGACCGGCGUUACUCCCAGCUGCUGCCCCUGCCACCCCUCAGCGAGAUCGGGGACAGGGUAGAGAUCUUCACCCCGCUGCUGUCGGAGUACCUGAGCCGCCUCUCCAUGAUCGUGGACAACAAGCUCAACUGUGGGCCUGUGCUCACCUGGAUGGAGAUUGACAACCGUGGGAAUCGGUUCCUUCUGAAAGAGGAAGCUUCGCUCAACGUUCCCGCCAUCGCCGCUGCUCAUGUCAUCAAGCGCUACACGGCGCAGGCCAGCGACGAGAUCUCCAUUGAGGUGGGAGAUAUCCUGUCUGUAAUUGAUAUGCCACCCAAAGAGGACUCCAACUGGUGGAGGGGGAAGCAUGGCUUCCAGGUGGGCUUCUUCCCCAGUGAGUGUGUGGAGCUCAUCAACGAGAAGCCUCAGUCCGCCGCUAAAAUAGAUGGAGAUCCAGCCAACUCCAGCGCACCAGGACCUCCCUCUCCUACAUCCGUUUCUAAGAAGCACGGCAAGCUGAUGGGAUUCCUGCGCACCUUUAUGAAGUCCAGGCCCACCAAGCAGAAGCUCAAACAGAGAGGCAUUCUUAAGGAGAGGGUGUUCGGCUGUGACCUGGGAGAGCACCUCCUCAACUCAGGACUGGACGUUCCACAGGUUCUGAAGAGCUGCUCAGAGUUCAUAGAGAAGCAUGGUGUGGUGGACGGCAUCUACAGGCACUCUGGAGUCUCCUCCAACAUUCAGAAACUCCGACAUGAGUUUGACAGUGAGAACGUUCCAGACCUGACCAAGGAUAUGUACAUGCAGGACAUCCACUGUGUGGGGUCCCUGUGUAAGCUCUACUUCAGAGAGCUGCCCAACCCCCUGCUCACCUACCAGCUCUACGACAAGUUUGCUGACUGUAUGGGAGAGAUGACGGACGACGAGCGCAUGGUGAAAGUACAUGAUGUCAUCCAGCAGCUCCCACCACCACACUACAGGACCCUGGAGUACCUCAUUAGACACCUGGCUGGUCUGGCCACCUGCAGCGGAGAGACCAACAUGCACAUCAAGAACCUGGCCAUCGUCUGGGCCCCCAACCUGCUCAGGUCUAUGGAGAUCGAGGCGGUGGGUCUGAGUGGUGCUGACCCGUUUAAGGAGGUGCGGAUCCAGUCUGUGGUGGUGGAGUUUCUCCUCGGUCACGUGGACGUGCUCUUCAGUGACUCCUUCACCUCUGUAGGACGCUUCACAGGCACAGAGGAUUACAUUGAGCCAGAACCACCAGGGCGGCACUCUCUGACCAGGCCCAAGUCCUUUGUCUCCACCAGGCUGCUCUCCCUAGAAGAGGCCCAGGCCAGGACACAGGCUCCUCUGCUCCUCCAGGGGGCACCAGUCCAGUUCCAGGGCCAGUUCCACACCGUGCUGGACCACCCUGUCGACAGGAGGAAGAGAGGGCUGAAGGUACGGAAGGCAGCUGGAGGGAGCUGGAAGACGUUCUUUGCGAUCGGGAAGCCUCUGGGGGCGGGGCAACGUAAACCAAUGAGGAUCAGCUCCCUGUUCCAGCCCGCCACCUCACAUGCAGGUUGUCGUGUGGACAGUGUGACCCUGCGUUCAGCUAAGAGUGAGGAAUCCUUAUCGUCCCAGCACAGUGGAGCAGGACAGUCGAAGCGUCUGCGGCGGCCCCGCUCAAGCAGUGACGGUCUGUCUUUGGCUGCCUCCAUGGACCCUCAGCACCUGCCCCAGCGCCCCCCGUCCCGCCUGCCUUCCAGCCGCUCGUAUGAUAGCCUGCUGCCUGAGGACCGCCAGCCCAGGGAUGAUGGAGACGAUGAGGAGGAUGAAGACGAGGAAGGCAUCUACAUGCUGCCUGACUUCUCCAACCAGGACCCGGCUGCUUCCUGGAUGGCCGAGGACGUCAUUGACUUCAGCCCCACCUUCCUGGAGGACGGACCAAUCGGCUUGGGCAGCAGCGUAGUCACUGCGGGUGGCAGGGAGUCCCCGCCCACUGCCACGCCCCCUCCCUACCGCUGCCUCAGCCACCAAGGACACUCUCACUCCAGCAGCCAGCGCUCAAUCACAGAGGACCCCGACUCGGUGCUCAACCAAUCGGAUGCGGCCGUCAGGAGAAGUCUGAUCAUCGCCGCCACAGCCCCGCCCCUUCAGGUGUUCUGUCAACACAGACCGGCCAAUACCAGCCCAUCUGCCGGCCAAUCAUGGGAGGGUGCCAACCUGAGUACCUCACACAGUCAAGGCCAGGGCCAGCCCCCUACAUCUGUGACCUCUGCCCCCUCUGCUCAGCCCCCGCCAGAGAGAAGAUCUUUCACCCGGAAGAUGGUGAAUGCCUUCUCACAAAAAGCCCCCAAGUCCCCUACACUGGACAUCUCUGACCCUGUAUCCAUCAGCGUCCCAGCUAAGGUGUUGGACAUGAUUGGCGGGCGAGCUGGUGAAUUACAGCCUGGCAUCCCGAGCAGCGGCCCCUCCCAGUCGCAGCCUCCUCAGAUGAUCUCCAUGCUGCUUCGGUCAUGUGACUUCCAGCUGACGGAGAGCUGCCAGCAGGAGAUCCGCAGCAAACUGGGCCCCGAGGCCAAGAUCAGAGGACAGGGUAUAACGGGACCCACCGGUGCCCCCCUGUUUGCCCAGCCUCCACCUCCCCCUCCUAAAAACCCAGCACGCCUCAUGGCCCUGGCCCUGGCUGAGAGUGCCAACAAGGCCCUGAGACAGGGCACCUCACCCCCCUACCGCCCCCCUCAGUCCCGGUCCCAGGACGUAGCCGACACCCGCUACCAGAGUUCCCUGUCUGCCGACGCAGGAGAGCUGCUGUCCUCUGACCCCAAUCAGCUCUACUCCACAGUGCGCCCCCUGUCUGUGUGGAUGACCGAGGGAGAGGGAAAGGCGACAGAGACUGCAGCAGAUACAGGACACGGCCAGGGAGAGAGGACUCCAGGACAGGAUACGGGGACCCUGUCCUCUGAGACGUCUGACUCUGUGGCGUCCAACUCGGAGCUGUCUGGUGGGGGCGCCUCUGGAGACGACCAGACCCCCAGCCCCAUCUACAAGAACCAGAAGCAGCUGCCCCAGUUACAGCCUCCCAAACCAGGCCAGUCUGGGGAGAGACCUAGCCCCACUGAGUCCCAGUCUCAGAGGAAGCCCCCAGCCUACUCACGCCAGUUCUCUGCCCCUCACCUCCAACAGAAAUCCGCCUCCACCCAGUCCAAGCCGUCCUCGGCCCACCCCCAGCUCCUGCACUCCAAGUCAGAGUCCCCUCUGACUCAGGUCCGUGCCUUCCAGCCCACCCGCCCCAAAGUACCCCCUAAGCCCCUGGAUCUGGAGCGUCCCCACAGAGCACCACUGGCCCAGAAUGAGAUGCGUCGCUCCCUGGACUCAGGGCGCAUCAGGCGGAUCUUUGGUCAGCAGGGGAACCCUCCUCUGGCCAGGGCCUUCUCAGAGCGUCUGAGUGGAGCUCCAGACCACCUCACCCGCUACCUCGCAGCCAGGGCAGCCAGCCAACCAUCCCCGGGUCAGCAGCCCCCUCAGCAGGCCCAGAUCCGGCCCGUGCCCCUCUCCUCCAGCUCAGAGGACCAGGGAAGGAUGGAAAACUUCUACUACGAGAUCGCCGGGCCUGAGAACCCGCAGGGCCCCCCCAGCUAUGCCCGCCACAGCUACCAGAACAUGAGGCUGGACCUGGAGGGUAACUUCCGCCCGGCCCCCCACCCAGAGGCCAACAAAAGGCCCAUCUCCCGGGGGCAUCACCAACCCCAGCCUCUGCACCACAACCAGGGUGGACCCAGAGGGGAGAGGGGGCCCCAGCUCUGGUCCAAAGAAGCCACGCGGGCUUGGGCAGCCGCCCACUCCCAGUCCCAUUCAUUCUCCCACGGACACUCCCAGGACGGCUCCACCCACCACCAUCACCCCUCUCACCACCACCCCCGGCCCCAGCGCCAGACCUCCUCCUCAGUCCGGCAGGCCCGUAGUGAGAUGCACCCCCUCCCCUCCUCCUCCAUGGUUCCCCUGGCGCUCCACCAGCACCAACGCAACCUCCACCGCUCCAACAGGUCAGCCUCUACAGACCUCACCGCCUCCCAGCUACACCCCUAUUUUGAAAACGGGAAGGUGUGCUAUCGUAAGCCAGAGGAGGCUCCUCUGAGUCUGAGCCAGCCUCCCCAGGGCAAGUCUCUCCAGGGCCAGCCAUCCCAGCCCUCCCCUCCCCAGGCCCACAGACCAACCUCCAAGGACCUGUCUGAGCCCAUCUACGUCAACUUCCCUUUCCCCAGCCCCUCUACUGGGGCCCAAAAGAGCUGGACCAGCACAGACCUGGAUGGAGACUCUCCACAGGAUUUUGAACCUCUUGCCUCGCCAAACGACCCCCCUCCCCCAGAGGACCAGAGACAGUCCUCCCCCCGCCUGGCCCCUGACCAGGCAUGCUCCACCAGCGUCAGCCUCACCCCCUCCACUCCAGACAGCCCAGCCGCCCACAAUGACUCGGCAGCAACGACCCCAGGGAGCAUCCAGGAGAGCGACUUCCUCCCAGCACCCACAGCGUCUACAUCGACAGGGAUCCACUACCGCAGCCGCUCAGACCCCCAGAGCUCCAGCUGUAGUACAGACCCCAUCCAGGGCCUGUCGGGGAAGGAGAUCGCCUCCCUGCUGAUAGAGAAGCUGGCUGAGGAGGAGAGGGCUGAGGGUCCCUCCACAGUCACCUCCUCCUCUGCCUCCACCAGCUCCUCCCCUGCCAUGGAGCACCCUGCCAACCCCUACCCCAGCCAGCAGCACAACCAGUCCCCGCCUGCCUAUAAUGUCUACACCCCGGGCCCCUCACGGAUCAGGGCUCCUCAGAGGGCUGGGGCAGGGGGCUUCCAACUCCAAGACCCGCUCCGGAGGUCCUCGCCCGGGGGCCAGUACAGGCAGGCCUUUGACGUCAUGCCCUCAGGCGAUCAGGUGCUCAAAUACUACCGGACCCAAGACUUCACCCAGGGAGAGCACCAGAGCUCUGGCGCCAACCCCUACCCCCCUUGGCAGCACUACCAGGAGCCCCCCUACCCCAUCCAGAGCCCCCAGGACCCCUGCUCCUCCAGCUACCCCAGCCAGCCCCUCUUGGAGCCCUCAGACUCCCCGUCUGCAGCCUUCUCCAACCUGACGCUGGGAGCCCCCAGGCCCUACCCCGGCCAGCCAGGAGGCCUCCAGUACAGCCAGUACCCCUUCCAGCCUGGCCCGAUGCUGGGCCAAUACCCCAACCCUCCACCCCGCAGAGAUGUGGUCCACGAGCCGGUGCUGCGGCCGCAGGGUCUGAGGAACCAGAGAGGGCUGGCACGGCAGGGCAGCUUACCUGGACCAUCACCCAACUGGACCAUCCAUACUGAGGGUCAGACACGCAGCUACUGCUGAGGAGGAGCGCAAAGUAGACUUUUACACACUGUACCCUAUCAGACUGAAUGUGAAAGAGAGAGAAAGAGAGGAAGAGACCAUGUAAAACUCACAUGGUCCACAGAGAAAGGGAACAGGACGAUAGAAAGCCUUCCUGGAAACAUGAGACAACAGGUCAUGUCUAGAAAUGGGACCACGGGCAAGGCAUUCUGGGGUAGCUAGACAUACAGUCCAGUUUCCUGUUUGAACAUUCCCUGGGGCCUAUCACCACUUCACACCUGCAACCACUGGACCAAUGAGAAAGAAGGGAACAAUGAUGGAAGGCGAUGAAGAGAUCAAAGAGAUGAACCGAAAAGUGGCUUAGAUUUGAAAACAUUCCAGAGCAGACUGUUGUUGUGAGUGUUGAGAAAGAAAGGCGAAUAGCUGCCAGGGUCUUUUCUGGAUCAAAAUGGGGCUUACGUGGUGGGCGUGGCCAAUGGUGAGGUGGCCGAGUGACAAUUUUAGAGGCCCUUCUGUUGGCCGCAGUGACAAAAUGUAGUGGUUUUCAAGCACAUUUUGUGCAAUUCUACACAUUUUGCCAUGUGACGGAGAUACAAUUUUACAGUUUUAAAGCACAUUUUCUGCAACUCAAACAAAUUUGGUGGCCCCAUGCUAUGAUAAAAACUCCUGAAUGCAUAAUUUUGGGAAUUUUAGGUUCUCCCUGAUUGUCCAGCUUUUAUUUAGGUAAUGGUUAGUUCUCAAAGAUGAUCUUAUUUAAAAAAAAUAUAUAGGUUCAUUAUCUUUUCUACAUACUUCACAUCUCUUUUUAGUAAUUUAAGUUUACACAUUGAAAAUGUUUUCCCUCCCAAAAAUGAUUUAUUAUAUAUAUAAACAAUACCAGUCAAAAGUUUUGACACAGCUACUCAUUCAAGGGUUUUUCUUAUGUUCUACAUUGUAGAAUAAUAGUGAAGACAUCGAAACUUUGAAGAAUCUAAAAUCUGUUUUAACAUUUUUUGGUUCCUACAUUAUUCCAUGUGUUAUUUCAAAGUAGCCACCCUUUGCCUUGAUGACAGCUUUGGCAUUCUCUCAACCUGCUUCACCCGGAAUGCUUUUCCAACAGUCUUGAAGGAGUUCCAACAUAUGCUGAGCACUUGUUGGCUGCUUUUCCUUCACUUUGCGGUCCAACUCAUCCCAAACCAUCUCAAUUGGGUUGAGGUCGGGUGAUUGUGGAGGCCAGGCCAUCUGAUGCGUCACUCUCCUUCUUGGUCAAAUAGCCCUUAUACAGCCUGGAGGUGUGUUUGGUCAUUGUUCUGUUGAAACACAAAGUAUAGUCCCACUAAGCGCUAACCAGAUGAGAUGGCGUAUCGCUGCAGAAUACUGUAGUAGCCAUACUGGUUAAGUGUGCCUUGAAUUCUAAAUGAAGCACUUAGUGUCACCAGCAACACACCAUCACUGUGCGAGCCACACAUGCGGAAAUCAUCCAUUCACCUAUUUUGCGUCUGACAAAGAAAAUCUUAAAUUUGGACUCAUCAGACCAAAGAACAGAUUUCCACUGGUCUAAUGUCUAUUUUAUUUAUUUAUUUUCCCACCUUUAUUUAUCCAGGUCGGCCUGUUGAGAACAAGUUCUCAUUUACAACUGCGACCUGGCCAAGAUAAAGCGAAGCAGUGCGACACAAACAACAACACAGAGUUACACAUGGAAUAAACAAACGUACAGUCAAUAACACAAUAGAAAAAUCUACAGUGUGUCCAUCUACAGUACAGUGUGUCUAUUGCUUGUUUCUUGGCCCAAACAAGUCUCUUCUUCUUAUUGGUGUCCUUUAGUAGUGGUUUAUUUGCAGCAAUUUGACCAUGAAGGCCUGAUUCACACAGUCUCCUCUGAACAGUUGAUGUUGAGAUGUAUCACUUGAACUCUGUGUAGCGUUUAUUUGGGCUGCAAUCUGAGGUGCAGUUAACUCUAAUGAACUUAUCCUUUGCAGCAGAGGUAACUCUGGGUCUUCCUUUCUUGUGGCAGUCCUCAUGAGAGCCAGUUUCAUCAUGGUGAUUGAUGGUUUUUGCGACUGCACUUGAAACUUUGAAAGUUAUUGAUAUUUUCCGGAUUGACUGACCUUCAUGUCAUAAAGUAAUAAUGGACUGUUGUUUCUCUUUGCUUUUUUGAGCUGGUCUUCCCAUAAUAUGGACUUGGUAUUUUACCAAAUAGGGCUAUCUUCUGUAUACCACCCCUGCCUUGUCACAACACAACUGAUUGGCUCAAACUUAUUAAGAAGGAAAGAAAUUCCACAAAUUAACAUUAACAGUUAAUUGAAAUGCAUUCCCGGUGACUACCUCAUGAAGAUGGUUGAUAGAAUGCCAAGAGUGUGCAAAGCUGUCAUUCAGGCAAAGGGUGGCUACUUUAAAGAUCUAAAAUAUUUUGAUUUGAUUAACACUUUUUUGGUUACUACAUGAUUCCAUAUAUGUUAUUUCAUAGUUUUGAUGUCUUCACUAUUAUUCUACAAUGUAAAAAAUAAAGAAAAACCCUUGAAUGACUAGGUGUGUCCAAACUUUUGACUGGUACUGUAUAUAUCAUAAUAUAUAGUCCUUUUUCUUUUUUACAUAAGCGGCCUGGAAAAGCACUUAGGCAGCCCGCCCAAGACUUUUCUAUGCAGAAAAAAACCCUGGCUGCUGUACUUUUUAAUAGAGUAUUAGGUAUUCUGCACAGUGGCUGUUAGACUGGCUGUGGGUUAGGUUUGAUUGGGUUUGCCUUUGUUUUUUACAAUGUUGUAGUACUGAGAGAGGACUACACAGGGAAAUAACCUCAGUCUGUCUCCUUUUUUAAAAAGAAGAACCUCAAAAGCUGCUGAGUUGGUUUAGUGGUUUUCAGAAGCUUGAUUUUACAUGUUAUAUUUAUUUUAGUUUUAGUUUCGAGGAAUGCAUGUCAUAUAAAUCAUUUGUUUGAAAUAAUAAGUCUGUCGUUCCACCAAUUCGGUGCCUUUUGAGAUGUUUGUUGAUUUCACCAACUUUAGAUAUAGUCAUAAAGAGCACCUGUUCAACUUUCCCAUCUUAAGGUAAAAAAAAUAAUAAAUGACUAGUUAGUGCCAAAUAAAGUAACAAGGUUGACAAGUUCAUCUUAAAUCGGCUAGUGGCAGAGGAAAUGUAAGCUUGUUGUGUGCAAUAGGAAGGGGCAAUUGAAUGCACGCUUCACAAAAUAAUACAAUUAUCUAGGCUGGUUAACAGGGUUAUGCUCGGCCUACUCAGUUUUCCACCACAAAACACCAGAAAUGUUUUCAGAAGAACCAGCUCAACUGCUCUUACUCAAUCAUUUGGACUAGUAGAUGUUCAAUGUCUUUUAUUAUUAUUUAAAAAGGAAUAUUAUUUAAAAAGUUUCACCAUAUUAAAACGAGUUCAGUUCACAUAACCGGGUUGCGCUUAAAAUUAGGGAAAGAUUCAUUUUUUUCUUAAAAUUAAUGACUAAUCACAUUUUAAAUGAAUAAUAAUCAGAAAUGACUGUCAAAGCAACAAAAUUACUAGGGCUUUACAAUGAUGGAGAAAUGUUCAUCUUCUUGGAAGUCACAGAGGGACAUAUCAAAUGCAGAAUUUUGGCACUUUAGCAAGUCUUUAUUCAUAUUAAAAAUAUAUUGAAUUCUCCAUGUGGUCUAUAUUAAAGGGCAUUUCAUUAAAUAUAACGCUUAUAAAAUUCAGUAUUGGUGCACAAUUUUGUACUUAAAAUAUCAGAAGGACGCAAAAGGCACUUAUUUCGUGGAACGACCCAAGUAGAAUUUGAUUGUUUUAAUUUUUAUCCCUGAACAGAAUGUGAGUGUGUGAAUGUAUGUACGCAUGUCUAAAUGUGUCCAUGUAACCAAUGACGAGUGUCUCUCAUGGUGAGCUAAAAAGCACAUAAUUCAGCAAAUGAAAAACUGAAACAAAACAUUGCCUUCUGUUUUAGGGAAUCUGUUUUUACAGACAGUACUUUGUCGUUUUAGGAUUAGUGGUACUACACUAGUUUGCGCUUUCAUUCUGAAUGCUGUGUGUCUUUCUGUCUGCCUGUCUGACUGCAGAAAGUUUGUACUGUGCGACUUAUCUAAUGUACUUAUCCUUGAAGGAUGUUUUUGUACAUGUUAAGUCUAACAGAUGCUUUUAUCCAAAGCAAUGUACUGCGCUGAUAAUACAAUACCACACACUGGUCCUCUGUUGUUCUUCUGUAUCCGUGUUGGUUGAAUACAACAGAAGCACCCUAGAAGUCCUUACCUCCAUUUUGGGAGUUGUACUCACUGCCUGCCCCUAUGCAACAUAUACCUGACACGUACAACACAUUACUAAAGGUGUGAUGUGAUGAUUCAGUGGAGGCAGAAACCACAUACUGUAUGUGUUAAUUUCAUUCCAUUAACAAACCACCAUGUCUUAAUUCAUGUAUCUCCCCCAUUCUGGCGUUGGGACUGCACUACUGUUAUUGGACAGCAGGGGGAGACACUCCAUCUUGGUAGAUCAUUAUCUGUACUGUAAUGGUUUUUGCACAGUAUAUUGAACUGGGUGUGUGUGUGUGCGUGCACAUGUAUAUUACUUCACUUCUGUCCCUAUGACUGUGUUGUUUACAAAACUGGUUCAAUCCUUUCCCAGUCGUUGGUAUGUCUCACUGUCUUUGGAUACUUUUCCAUCGCAGAUAGACAAAUGUCCCAGUGUAGUUGUAUUGUAGGAGAGCUAAACAAAGGACAAGGUUGUGUUAGGCUAGUUUAGCUUAGCAGUGCUGUCCAUUGAACUUUGGGAACUAUACAUCUUUCAGGGGUGUUUCCUCAACUAUCUUUCAGGGGUGUUUCCUCAACUGUGUUGUAAUGCUGUGAUACCACUGUAGUGAAGUGCGAGGGAAGGAAGAGCUGUUUUGUAACGGGGGUGAGAAUGCGAAAAAUGGUGCCACUUCUGAGAUGUACUUUGGUUUUUGUUCAACGUGCCUUUUUGAUGAACAAUCAUUUGGUUCCAUGAAGCAUGUUAAGGCGGUAACUUUCUCUCUCUAGGUCCGGGCUGGUAACAUUGAAUGGUAUCUUGCCACGUGCACUAUAGCUCUUUACUAUGACGGUACAAAGCAGCAUACAGGACCUGGUACUCUUAGUGUCCCUAAACUCCUUAGAUUAGAUGAAAGAAAAUUGCACAUUUUUCAUUGAACUCCCUAAUGACUCUGGACUUGGGCUUUUUGAAGGAUAAUUGUUUGUGUGCACGCAUGUGUGUUCUCUGUUACUGUGUGGGCGUGUGAGUAUGGUCCUGUUGUGUGAGCAAGCAUGCAUCCCUCCCUCCCUCUUCUCUUUUAUAUCUAUGCAGUGACCAAGUACAUUGAAGUCCAUAUAAGUUGGAAAGACUUAAAAUGGCUAUACUACCUAUGUGUGUAUUACAGGUGUGUGGGUGUAACCUGAAUUUUCAGUCCAAUACUAUCCCUUUCAGCCUUAUAGCACUUGGCAAAAGGCAGUUAAUCUUAUUUUGUAAUAUUUUCCAAGGUGUGAAUUAAAAACCUGAUGGUUACAUCAAAGAUGAAACAAUUUGUCCUUGUUUUUUUCCUGAACUGCAGAUUUUGUCAUUGAAUAGAAUACUAAAAUAAGAAUUGUAUAAACAUACAAUGGACAUUUUUGAAGAUUAAAACAUUUAAAGUUGAGGUUUCAUCAGUGAUUUUAAAUUAAAUGUAUUCUUCAUCCAUAUAUCUACUUUACUAUUAUGCAGCCUUGAGAUUUCACCUUCUACCUAUUGUUUGACUGAAACUAAACUGGUUCUGCGUUCUAGCUGUAACCCAGAGAGUAGAAUAGCAGAAAACCAAGGUAACAUUAUCCUUCAGCUGCAUAGAUGGCCUUCAAACAGUUAUUCUUUAAACCAGGAGACACCAUUUUGAUGUCAUUUUGAUGUCUUUGACACCAUUUUGAUGUCCUGAUAUUUCUUCAAAUGAAAUGUGAACAAUGGGGCUAUCUUCAAUGUACAGGGUGGAGUUGUUUGUCUCUUGCUUAUACCUGUGAUGUCACCUAAAGUUCGUUGUACAUCCUGACCAAAAGGCACUCCUACUUUUGAUAACAGGGUUUAUCAAAUUAGACUGAGACUAUAAAAGGUUUGGGUGUGAUGUAUUCUAUAGGUGUACAGGUAAAGCCAUGGCCAUACACAAAACACAGCGCAGUGACUUCUCCAUGGUUUUACUUUUGGCACACCCAGACAGCAAAUACUGGUAAAACCAGAAAAGAAUACCUGAUAUUGCAAAAUGUUAAUAUUUUGUCAUCCUUUUAUGUCAUAUACUGUAAAAAAAAAUAUAUAUAUGUACAAUUUCCAAAGGAAGGGUUAGACCAUUUAGGAUCGUUUGAGUACAACAGUUAUGCAGUGCCUAGAAAAGUAUUCAGACCCCUUGGAUUUCUGUGUUAUAAAGUGUGAUUAAAAUGGAUUUAGUUGUCUUUAUUGUAAAAAUCUACACAAAAUACUCUGUUAAAGUGGAAGAAAAAUUCUAUAUUUUUUUUAAAGAUCAAUACAAAUUCAUAACUAAAAUGUAGUUGUAAGUAUUCAGAAUCUUUGUUUAUGAAUUCCUAAAUGAUUUCAGGAGUACAAUUUGGCUUAACAAAUCACAGAAGUUAUAUGGACUCUGUAUGAAAUAAUAGGUCUUGAUAUGAUUUUUGAAUGAUUAACCCUUCCUCUGACUUCAGAAAAUAUUCACACCUCUUGACUUUUUCCACAUUUUGAUGUGAAAUUAAAAUGGAUUAAAUUGAGAUUUUGUGUCACUGGCCUAAACACAAUAACCCAUAAUGUCAAAGAUGAAUUAUGUUUUUAGAAAUGUUUACAAAUGAAUAAAAAAUGAAAAGCUGAAA